GUGUCUUUCCCGCGGCCGUCCGCGACGCGCUAGCGCGUCGUCUCUCUCGAUUCCGAGGAUCGUCCCCAGUGGAAGCGAAGCCGUCCGAACCGACGCGACCCGCCGGGAAGCUUGGUCCGCGCGCUCUCUCGUCGGCCUCGAGGAUACGCGGAUGUUUCGCAGGAAGAGCCGCGAAAGGGAUGAGUCGACGUCGCGAUCGGUGAGAGUGAUCGAGAGCCGUUCGCUCCGAGAAUCCGAUGAUAGCCCGCGAACCUAAAGGCAUGGCUGCCUGUCAUCCGAGGCAAGUGGUCCAGCACUUGCGGCUGCAGGAGCCGGGUCAGAUCGGGAUCGGCGUCGGCGUCGGUGUCGGCAGCCAAGGUCAGAAGUCGCUUCAACAACCUCACUACUCGCCUCACCUGCUCAACUGGGUCUACCUAGCGAUCACCGAUCAGAAUCGUGCUCAGCCUCCUCCGGACCAGGGCAAACUGCUGCCGCCGGCGAUCUGGAACGGUUUCCCGACGACGACGUCGCAGCCCUAUCUGCACCGGGCGGCCGUGGUCGGUGCCGGGCCCGGAGGAGCGGGUGCCGGAGCCAGGGCCCGAUCGAGCCCUUGCGGUCCCCUAGGAGGCAACCUGACGGACAGCAUCGGCGACCUCGCGGACCACUUUACGGAACUGGGUCUGCUCGACAGGAAACCGACCAAGAGGCCGCCGCCCAGCUAUCUGUGCCACUUGUGCUUCAAAAAGGGCCACUACAUCAAAGACUGUCCCGAGGCGCGGCCGAAGGGCGAGGGUCUCACGCCGUACCAGGGCAACAACAGAUGCUUCGGCGAGUACAAGUGUCCCAAGUGCAAACGCAAAUGGAUGUCGGGCAACAGCUGGGCAAAUAUGGGCCAAGAGUGCAUGAAGUGCCGUAUAAACGUCUAUCCGCACAAGCAGAGACCUCUGGAGAAACCGGACGGGCUGGACGUGUCGGACCAGAGCAAGUCCCAUCCGCAACACCUCUGCGAGAUGUGCAAGACCCUGGGCUACUAUUGCCGGAGACCGCAGUAAGCGAGCCUGGUUGGAGCUCGCCUGCAGCGAUCGCGUUGCUCUGUGAUAAAUAAGAAGAUGCGCUCGUAAAAAAUCUAUUUUUCUACGAGACCGCGAGGCUGCCACCCCCGUCCGCCAGCUUUCCGGAGACUAUCGACGCGCUCUCGCGUCCACACAGUUUUUACUCGUCGAACCGGGAAUACGGGAAAAUCCGGGAGACCGGAAUACGAUGUAGUCAGGGACACGAUGUCGAUUACACCGUUCACGUGUUAUUAUUAAUACACCGCGCCCGCGCAAAUAUACGCGAACCAAAGGUCUGUGUCA